CUGACCAUUUUUGAGGGGACAAACUAGUUGAAAUCUGUUUUUCCUAUGCUUCUGAUACGUGGUGUGAUGUUUGUCCGUUGUUUGGUCACGUGGUCGCCAAGGGUCGAAGCCUAAGUUGAGCCUCCAUAUUGCAUCCGCUGGUGAACAGCGUUAAUCUUGCAGCGUGACAUGCUUCCUGGGCACUCAUCAAAUCGAGGUUGAAAUUUUGUCCAUUUCAAAAUGGCGGCUAAGUUUUCGAGAUUUCACGAGAAUCGAUCCUAUGAGACCGGAAGUGCGGACCUUUCUCAUUUUGACGAAGAUGAACCGACAGUUGAGAAAGCUACCUUGGACGCACACAUUACGGAGGAAAACAUUGGAUAUCAGAUGGCGGUCCGGCUGGGUUGGAUCACUGGAUCAGGACUGGGAAGGAAGAACCAAGGUCGCACAGAGCCAAUACCCCUUGUUAUGAAGGAGGAUACUUUAUGUCUUGGCCGUCUUGCAUCAGAGUUUGAGCAAGCAGAUGAAGCUACACGCAACAGGAGGGCAUUGGAAAUAGAGAAAGAAGACACUGAUGAACUUCAGCAAAAGUAUCAGAAUGAGCAGGAAAAGGAAAAAGCAAUUCAGGAAAGCUUGAAAGAUUUGAAAGAAAUGUUCUACUGUGAACUUUGUGACAAGCAAUAUUUUAAGUAUAAAGAAUAUGACAACCACAUCAACUCAUAUGACCAUGCUCAUCGGCAGAGACUCAGAGAACUCAGGCAAAGAGAAUCAACAAGAAAUAUAUAUGCAAAGAAGAAGAAAGAACAGAAACAAAUGGAAAAGGAAUUGCAGAGGCUUCACCUUAUUUCUGGAAAGACUACAACUGAAUCCAGACCUGAUGCAGGAUUCAAUACAGUGUUCAGGUCUUCAUCCAGUGCACCAACCUCUGGCUUCAAGCCAAUCGCAGUACGGGGGAGCUUUCAGGCAGUUCCACCCCCACCCGCUACUGACUUUGCACCCCCUCUUCCAAGAGAACCUGCCCCACCCCUCCCUGAUGAACCAGUUCCUCCCCCACCACCUCCCCCACCAGGAGAUCAACAAACAAAGAAGCCUUUUAGCUUCAAAAUGGGUUCAUCAUCUGGGGAACAAGGCCUGGCAGAGACAUCCACUAGCACCACACCUGCAAAACAGGGUCUUUCCUUCAGUCUCGUGAAGAAGAAAGGUGUAACUGUUGUACAGUUUGGCGUCAAAUCCAAACCUGCAAAGACCACUGCUUCUGCUUUUGCUGAAUCAAGUAGUGAAGAGGAAGAAGAUGAAAUGCAGGAGGAAGACACAAGAGUCUCAUUUGACAAUGAGCAACUGACUUCUACUCCUACACAACAGCAAGAUACUCUGGAAAAAGUCAUAGAGUAUGCUGACACUUUAAGAAUAAAAGCGGCUCUCAAGCCAAAACUGUUGAUCAGAUUUGUGAAGGGUACAGAACAGGGUGGAAUACUUCCUGGAACUAUUCCAAAAUCUGAUGAAUCUGAUGAACCGAAGGAAGAGACUAAACCCAUUGCUAGAAAGUUUAGAGAGUUCAAGGAGAAGAAAGAGGUCACAGAAAAGAGCAAGGAAGAGGACUGUAAAGAUUCUGGAAAUAGCGCAAAAGAUGCAAAGCACAGGAAAAAGGAGGAACGUCACUACAAGGAAAGGAUAAAAGAUUAUAAAGAAAGGAAGGAUUACAGUGACAGAGGUAAUCGUUCAGAAAGAACAUUGGACAGAAGAGAAGAUAAAUAUAAUUACAGAAAUUCUGAAGAUUAUGAGGAAAGAAAACAACUCAGAAAAAAGGAAUCCAGAGACAGAAAAAAUGAAAAACGCAACGUAAAGGAAUCAGGACAUGUUGACGAAUUCAGUGCGAGAAAAUCAUAUAACAAGAAAAAGUAUUCUGACUAGUGAAGGUAACAGAGGAUUCUCCAAUUCUGUAGAAGAUUCAUAUGCAGCUAAGAAAAAGGACGGGAAAACUUGAAGUUUAUAGUAAGCUUCAACACUGCUUCAUUAGCAGUUUGGUUUUGAAUGUUCUCGUUUAUUUGUGUAGGCAAAAGGAGAUUGAGUGGUAUUCUUUUGUAUUCACUGGGUCACCGAAUUCAAUUUAUAAUGUAUGUUCCUCUGAAUUAAAAUACAGCAAAAACCUUUUGUUUA